UACUCAAUGUUCGGUUUACAAGCCGUUUCUUCCAUCCUUUCGUUAAUUUUUAGGUAGUAUAGAGCACCAUUUUGCUCUGAGGUCCUGUUUUGCUUUUCCUAGUUCCAUUUCAGUUAUUUUCUUCCGUCUUCUGUGGCAAAGCCAUCUAAUUUCAUCUAUACCUCGGAAAAAUGAAGCUUCGAACACGGAUUCCAUCGCGAGCGCGGACAUGUUCACUGCUAGCGCUGCCUGAGGAGGUUGUGCUCCUUAUUUUAAAAUGUCUCACGGCAAACGAACUAAUGGACUUGAGAGUGGUUUGUUCAGGGUUAAAGCAACUGAUUGACGAUUCAUCUAGUCUAUGGCUGUCAGCAUCUUUUCUAGGAGUUUGGCCAUCGCACAAAACUCUGCCUCUUCUUCAGAGGGCAGCUAAUCUAGGAAAUCCUGAGGCUCUUAUAAAGCUUGGACUUGCUCAUUUGUAUAACGAAGGAAUUUCAGAAAAUGGGGAGAAGGGCGUCAAUGCAAAAGAAAAUGGUCGUCUUGCUGCAGAAUUCUUCUUUAAAGCUGAAUGCACUAUUCAAAAUGGUGCACCAUUCACUUGGUUUUUUGUACGCCCUCCUUGGGCUCCAUCUGGUGUGUGCUGUAAAUCCUGUGUCUUUAAUAGUAUGGUGGAACUUUGUUCAGAUUCAGAGGUUAAUAAGUCAAUGUUGUACUGUGUGGGGAAAAUCCUUAGUUUACAUGAGGAUGAGAAGAAAAAGGAAGAAAGCCUGCAUUGGCUAACAAACGCUGCAGGCCAAGGAUCUUGCCAAGCAGCCUUUGAUCUCUGGAAGAUGCGAUUUUGUGAGGGUCCAAUAGAACCUUACUCACGACUGGAGAGACUCAGGGAACUGCGGGACUGUGCAACAGCUGGCCAUCAAGAUGCUCAACUGACUCUCGCUCUUGAAUACGCCAAAGGAAACCUGGGAGGGGUCAAUAAAACACAAGUAGCAGAGUUUAUCUCACAGUUUGUGUCAAGAUCAAAACCACUCAACAAUCACAAGCUCUUUAGUUUUCAAACAGAACUCAACAGCACCAUGAGGUAUAUCUUGGUUGACUGGCUUGUAGAAGUUGCUAUUAUGAAGGAUUUUCCAAGCCAGAUUGUUCAUAUUGCUGUGAACUGCGUUGACCAGUAUUUAAUGAGACGUAAAGUCCAGCGAUCUGAACUGCAGCUCCUUGGAAUCACAUGCAUGUUAAUAGCUGCAAGGUUUCAAGGCAAAGACAUUGUCACAAUAAGAGAGGCUGCUUGGUUAACUGAUGGCACAUAUAAAUAUGAGGAAGUAGUUAGAAUGAUGGGUGAAGUGAUGUCCUGUAUCAAGGGUCAAGUCCGAGUCCUUACCAUACCAGAUUUUCUAAAGCUUUUUUGCUCCCUUGCAGCAGUCAGUCAAAAGACUGAUUGUAUUGCAGGAUAUGUAGCAGAUUUAUCCAUCUUACACACUGAAUGUGGAAGGUAUUCUCCGGCUUUGAUGGCUGCAUCCUCUGUUCUUUUAGCAAACUCAGUUCAAGAAAUGGAGACGCCAUGGCCACUGCACAUGCAUGAGAUAACUGGCUUUAGUCUUGCAGAUCUUUUAGACUGUACUCUUCAUUUACAUCAACAAUGUCUUCUUGAUGAAAACCCUGUAGACCACAGAAAUGUGAAAUUAAAAGCUAUUAAAGAAAGGUACUCUGAUGAGCGUUUCUUGAAAGUCAGCCAAAUAAUGGUACCUGGCCGUGAAGAAUUACGUCAAUAUCUCCUUCCCAAGGUCUUGCAGUGUGAUUCGAUCGGUGAUAUGCGAUCCCUACGUGGUCAGCCAGCGGCAAGGCAUUCUAGUCAUGCGCAUCACCUCACUGCUGACGACAGCAUUUUGAAUACUAGUAUCGGCAGUUUGUCCGAGAGUGGUUAUGAAGGAGACAUGGAGGAUGAAGGCGACUUGAAUGUUGAUGAGGAACUCUGUAGCGAACUAGCUGAUGACCAGCAUGGCGUGUUAAACAAGCAAUCUAGAGACUCUUCCUUCCUGAACUGGGAGGAAUUUUCAAGGACGAGUUCCACACCGAGCAUUCUCCACCCAGCUGGUACUCACAGCGGGUUUGAUUUAGAAGUGCAAGACAUGGACACGGAUUCGGAACCCGUGCCAAUGGACAAUGGCAUUCACAGCGCCAGCGAGCUUUGUGUGCCAGUUGUUAUGGAAGCUGAUGAUAAUAUGGAGUUAGGAGAGGGCUGUGCUAAGCCAUUAGAUUCAAGCUUGCGUAGUAGGCAACCUCUAAGACCUAUUGAAAACAAUAACAAUCUCUCCUUCAGAGACCCCAUUUCUUUGAAGUCUCAGCGGAGGAUUUCAGCGUGGAGUAGAACAGUCACCCAUUGAACUUUCAGAAGUCUCAGCUAGCUCUCUUUUUCCUUGUAACAAAGUUGUUCUUUCAUGGCAGAACUUAGCAAACUUUACAGUUGUUUCUUGUCUUAGGCUUAGUUUCAAGCGUUGCAAAAUGUUCUAGACACCAGAAUAAGAACGCAUUUAGGAACCUUAAUAUAUCGAUUAUCUGUGUUUUAUCGUGACGCUUUUCAGCUUAAUGUCAUUGAUUCUAAAAUGAUACUUUUGUGAAUAAUUCGCGACAAUGAAAGAUAUUCUGUAUAUAUUCAACCGGAAAGCAUACUAUACAUACAUAGGUAUAUUUUACGUCUUAUUUUUUCUUGGCUUUGUAAUCUGGUAAAACCACCAUCUUUGAUUAGAAAGCUGAGAAGAAUUAUGGCGAGGUUAAAUGUGCCAUUGCCCAUAUUUAUACAGAGCAAAAAUGAAGAAAGUUUGCGUGGUAUAUUCUUAAAUACAAAUUGUUGUUUAGUGAAAAAGCCUUCUUUGGAAGUUGGAAGGCGAACAUAUAACCAUAUGCUUUAAAUUGAACGCAUUCGAAGCGUUGAAGCUAAAAUAAAAUUCCUGGAAGUUAUUUGAAAGACUGAUUUUCUGGUUUCUUAGCGCUACAUAGUGUAAACGGUAGCGUCGCCCAGAGUUGUUUCGCUAUUCUCGUAUGGUUGAAAGUUUAAUAAAUGUUUUACAAGAGAUUGUAAGUAAGCCUACCGUACUGGAGAGUAAAACAUUGACUAUCUC